AAAAUUGGUGAAGGGGAUUAAGAGGUACAAACUUACAGUUAUAAAAUGAAUAAGUCAUGGGGAUGAAAAGUACAGUAUAGGGAAUGUAGUCAGUAAUAAGGUGGCAGAUGGCAACUAUGCUUGUGGUGAGCAUUGUGGAAUGUAUGGAAUUGUGGAAUCACUAUUUUGUACACCUGAGACUUAGGUAACAUUGUAUGUCAACUAGACUUCAAUAAAAAAAAAAAAAAGAUUGAGAAAAGAUAAUUUCAUUCCCCAAAGGGGCAAAAAUCAUAUGGGUGUUCAUUUAAGUCUCAAUACGAGGUUUGUAAAAUGAAAACCACAGUGGAGCAAUAAAGGAAGAUACUAAUGAAUAGUAAUAGCCUCUUCCUGGUUGGAGAGACUAAAGACAACCGAGAUGACACUGGGCCCAGUAGGGCCAGAGCGCCAUGUGAGGCCUGAUCAGACUGCGUUGGAAGCUCCAGGCAGCAGUGGCGGGUUCCUGCAUCCCCCAGCGGGUGGAGUUGGCUGGCACCACCUGGUGCAGGCUCGGGAAGCCCGCCCCUCCGGAGAUCAGGCCUGCUUGCCCCGGGGUGGGGCCUUGGGAGAGCUGGCCUGGGGAGCUGGUUGUGGGAGUGCCCAAGUCCUGGAGUCCAGAGGCCCAGGAGACAUGGCGGCCCCCCGAGACGCUGAGAUACGGAAGGACGUGCAGACCUACUAUGGGCAGGUGCUGAAGAAAUCAGCAGAUCUCCAGACCAGUGCCUGUGUCACUGCAGCCAGGCUGGUCCCCAAGCACAUCCGGGAAGCUUUGACGAAUAUACAUGAAGAAGUAGCCUUGAGGUAUUAUGGCUGUGGUCUGGUCAUCCCUGAGUGUCUGGAAAACUGCUGGAUUUUGGACCUGGGCAGUGGAAGUGGCAGAGAUUGCUAUGUACUGAGUCAGCUGGUCGGUGAGACAGGACAUGUCACUGGGAUAGACAUGACGGAAAGUCAGGUAGAAGUGGCUAAGAAGUAUAUUGAGUAUCACAUGGAAAAAUAUGGCUUCCAGACCCCCAAUGUGACUUUUCUUCAUGGCUACAUAGAGAAUCUGGAGGAGACUGGAAUAAAGAAUGAGAGUUACGAUAUUGUUAUAUCAAAUGGUGUCAUUAACCUUGUGCCCGAUAAGGAACCCGUGCUGCAGGAGGCGUACCGAGUGCUAAAGCACGGGGGGGAGCUGUAUUUCAGUGACGUCUAUGCUAGCCUUGAAUUGCCAGAAGAAAUCAGGACACACAGAAUUUUAUGGGGUGAGUGCCUGGGUGGUGCUUUAUACUGGAAGAACCUUGCCAUCCUUGCCCAAAAAAUUGGUUUCUGCACUCCACGUUUGGUCACUGCCAAUCUCAUUACAGUUCAAAACAAGGAAUUAGAAAGAAUGAUAGGUGACUGUCGUUUUGUUUCUGCAACAUUUCGCCUCUUCAAACUCCCUAAGACAGGACCAGCCAAAAGAUGCCAAGUGAUUUACAAUGGAGGAAUCACGGGACACGAAAAAGAACUAAUAUUUGAUGCAAAUUUCACAUUUAAGGAAGGUGAAAUUGUUGAAGUGGAUGAAGAAAUGGCAGCUAUCUUGAAGAAUUCCCGAUUCACCCAGAAUUUUCUGAUCAGACCAAUUGGAGAGAAGCUGCCAGCAUCUAGUGGCUGUUCUGCUUUAGGAUCAAAGGGUGUAAUCACAGAUCCUUUCAAGCUUGCAGGAGAGUCCAACAAUGCAAAUCCCGGAUGUUCUUCUGAUGUUGCUGGAGGCUGCUGUCUGUAAUUUACAGCUGACCAGAAGAAAGGGGCAGGCGGUGAAGGACUUACGUGUCCUUUAAUCUCCUCUUACCCAUAGCACAGACCAUAAGAAAGAAUAAAUGGUGAAAAGCCACUAUGUUCUAGA